AACAAUGGUUAGAUACAUACAAUACAAAAUGUACAACACACUGUAAUAGAGAGCCAUUGGAUUGAGCAAUCACAAAAUCUUCUUUGGUAGAUUCAACAUCUGCUUCUUUCACCAUUUUUUGGGUAAAUCUUUUUCUCAGUCAAACUUCCAAGAAUCUGAUUUACUUCUGUUGACUCUCAUAAUCUUGAUUUCUCUGAUUUCAUAAGAUUACAAUUUGGGGGUUUUGGUUCUUGACUAUCUGAUCUGAAAAAAGAUUCAAACUUUUUACUUUUUUGGACUUCUUGAAGCACCCCUUUUGAUUCAAAUUGAAUUUGGGUUUUUGGGUUGGCGUUGGAUUGAGCUUUAGAUUGGAGUUUUUGGGGAUGUAAUGGAAGAAAACGCAGCUGCUUAUCAUACUGCUUUAAAUGCGGCACAGGCGUUAGGAAGGGGUUUUGAUGUGAAUUAUGAUACAAGGUUGCUUUACUGUAAAGGGGUGGCUGGUUCUAGGGUUGUAGAGAUUGAUGAAGACCAUACAAGGGAUCUUUCAUUAUAUGAUAACCUAGUAUUGCCUAAUGUUUCAAGGGAUAUUAAUAACUUUCAGGAGUCCGGCGGUCGUGACGGCUCUAGUGCUUGCAAUUAUAAUGAGAUGUUGGAAUAUUUUAACAGAAAGGCUAAUAUUCCAGGCAAUGCUCCUCUUGGUAGCUUUAAUGUAGCAUUCAGUUUUACUGGUGCGAAGCAUUUUGAUGCUACCACUACAAAGACACUUUGUAUGGAUGGAUUUUUCAUACCACUUGCUAGGCUUCAACUUAUGAACUCAUCGCUAGUGUUACAGGAAAGUGUUAAAAGAGCUGUCCCAGCAUCUUGGGACCCACCCGCAUUAGCAAGCUUCAUUGAAAAUUUUGGGACUCACAUAAUUACAUCUGUAACUAUUGGUGGUAAAGAUGUAAUUUAUGUUAAACAGCACCUUUCAUCACCUCUUUCCACAAUGGAAAUAAAAAGUUAUGUUCAUGAUAUUGGAAAUCAGAGGUUCUCCAGCACAGAAAACCUUACAAGUUCAGGUUUAUUGAAAUACAAGGACAAGUCUAGCGAUCCGUCAAUAUUCAAUAGCCAAGGGAUAUUUCCCCAGCCCACAAAUGCUCCAUAUAUUGCUGGAAAUGGCAAAGAGGAUGUCACGGUCAUUUUUAGAAGAAGAGGAGGAGAUGAUCUGGAACAAAGCCACACCCAAUGGGCAAAAACUGUCAGAUCUUCUCCAGAUGUCAUUGAGAUGUCAUUCUACCCUAUAACUCUUCUGCUUGAAGGAAUCAAAGGCAAGGAGCAUUUGGAGCGUGCUAUAAGUCUUUAUCUCGAAUACAAGCCUCAAAUUGAAGAGCUGAGAUAUUUCCUAGAGUUUCAGGUCCCAAGGGUAUGGGCCCCUGUACAGGACAGAUUUCCAGGCCAACAGCGGAAGGAACCUGUUUGCCGGCAUCUCCAGUUCAGCAUGAUGGGACAAAAGCUUUAUGUUAGCCAAGAACAAGUGUCUGUGGGGCGUAAGCCUGUGACUGGCAUGCGAUUAACUCUUGAAGGUUCCAAGUCAAAUCGAUUAUGCAUCUAUCUUCAACAUCUGACCAACCUUCCAAAGAUCCUUCUGCCAUGUUGGGACACUCAUGUAGCAAUUGGCGCUCCAAAGUGGCAGGGCCCUGAAGAGCAGGAUAGUAGGUGGUUUGAGCCAGUGAAAUGGAAGAACUUUUCCCAUGUUAGUACUGCACCAAUUGAGUGUCCUGAAACGUUUAUAGGUGAUGAUCACUCUGGUGUGUACAUAGUAACGGGAGCACAGCUUGGUGUCUGGGAGUUUGGGUCAAGAAAUGUGUUGUAUAUGAAGCUUCUGUAUUCAAGGCUACCAGGAUGCACAAUACGAAGAUCACUAUGGGACCAUACCCCGAAUGAUAAGUCGAACAAAAAGAUCAAUUGUGAGAAUAGCAAUGGCGAUGCUAGUUCUGUUACAGGGGAGAAUAUUGUAGGCAAUAAGUUGGCUAAGUUUGUUGACAUGACCGAGAUGAGUAAGGGGCCUCAAGAUCCUCCUGGCCACUGGUUAGUAACAGGUGGAAAACUUGGUGUCGAAAAGGGGAGAAUUGUUUUGAGAUUGAAGUAUUCCUUGUUAAAUUAUUAGUUGAUACUGCUUCUGAACAUGCUGCAUUUGGUUCUAUAAGAAAGUAAUGAUGGCGUGUUGGUGUAUAUGGUUCGGGUUUUCUUCUUCUUGUGCAUGUUUACCAUCAUUGUUUGAUGGUAGAGUUCCCUUCGAAAGAAGAAUGUAUACCUUAGGUAGUUAUGUGUAAAUUUCUUCAAAUUUUGACAAUUGUAUGUUUUCAUCAUAUGUAGUAAUAUGUGGGAAAUGUUACUUCCAGCUAAUAAGAGAACAAUUCAAGAACAA